AAGCUUUAGCAAAAAUAUUAUUACCUGCUAAAAAUGCUGUCAAGAUGGUUGAAUCAAAAUCUACAAUAACUGCUGAUGUUUUUUUAUACCUUAUACAAAUGGCGGUUGCUAUUAAUAUACUUGAAAAAGAUAAUUUAUAUGAACAUAUGGAAUUCUUUGCACAAAUCAAAAUGUAUGAUGCAUAUGAACCCCCAUAUAACUUUGCUUUUGUAGAAGGAGUUGAGUCACCACAAACCUGGUGGAAUGGAU